UGUCGGCAGCUCGGCGCACGCCAAUGACGCAAGCUACGGGAAGCAACACAGUUCAAAAUACAACCGCGUCACGGGGCGCAGGGGGGGAGCCGAAACGAGAAACGCCAAGCAGAGUACUACAAACCCCAGAAACAUCAGCGGAGGGUCCAGGCGCAGGCACGGCAGAGGCGGGACAAGGCCCGAAAUGCGAUCCUGCUCUGGGCAGGGCAAAUUCUGAUGAUGAGGGAGAAGAGGCGACCCCUGGGCGUGAGCGGGGAGGGGACACUCCGUCAGGCGCCGCCGGGCCGGGACAGGCAGGGGCGGGACAGGCGGAGGCGGAACAGGCAGGGACGGGGCGUGGACAAGGCGGAGAGUGUCUCCAGGGUGCCACCCCCACGCGGCAAACGUCACGAAGCUCGACUUCGCCCACCAGCGGCUCGCCGGUCGCUGAAUCGCCUGCGCGCGGCGAUUCAAACACUGCUGCUGCGUUUCUGCAGAUGGGCGCUCGUCCAAAACUAUCUCAGAUUUUACAGAUGUACCCAGAAAUUGAAAGCCUUUUGAGAACUCGACAUACUCCAUCAAAGGCAGGGAAAGAAACAGCAAAUCCAAAAUAGUACUGCGAGCCAGCAGAUGCCAGCUGUCGACGUGUCAUCGUCACCUAGGGACGGGACUGUGAAACCACAAUCACGACGAGCAUCAGGCACACCGAGUGGAGCACCUUUCAGCAGCGAGACAGCCACGUUACAUCGCUUUUUUCCAGUUUCAUAUAAAAAAUCAACUUCUUCAGAACAGCAGUUCAAACAAAAGCCGAGAGAACCUUUGCCGAUGGUGAGGGACGAUGAAGCUGCAGAAGAUGAAGACGACAAUCACUGAUGACGACAUCAUCCACAUCACUGCUUCAGAGGGCAUUCCUGUCCGGAAAGCAAAACCACUUGAGUUUUCAGGUCAAGCAUCAACUUUUUUGUUAUCUAAGGACUUUAUGAGGCAGUUUUUCCGGCAAUUCAGUGAAGCAGCUUCAGAAUUUCAACACGAGCCCAUGUCUUCUUUCUCUCGAAUUUUUCUUCCGAGGAAAGGUGCUGCAGAGAAAUUGGGUGAUGCCCAGCAAUCCCUGGUUCCUGUUCUUUGGGAAAAGGAAAAGGAAACAAAACAGGAUGAGGUAAAGCCUCAAAAACAGGUAGAUCCUGGAAAGGAUGAAGCAGCAGCGAAGCUGCAAGCACAGCAAUCAAUUCCAGUGUCGGACAAGACACAGGUUCCUGGUGCACGGGAAUUUCUUGCAGCAGACUGGACUGAAAUAAGAAAGCAUGCAUUGAAAGGGGAGACACUUCAGAUGGGUUCAAGAAGUAUGGCAAUGCCAGUGACUUAUGAUACACAGGAUGCAAACCCAAGAUGGGAGCGAUUGGAUUGUGAAGUCAUCAGGGAUCUGAUGAAAGCCAUUCAUGAUAAUGGAUUGGGGUCUCCAUACUUCAAACAACUUUUAAAAGGGACAUUUAAUAUUUAUGAUUUAACACCAUUUGACCUCAAAUCCCUUGCUUCAAUGAUCCUGACUGACUCACAGUUCAUCAUCUGGGAAGCAAAAUGGAGAAAAGCUCUUAAUGAGCUCGGAGACAAAUAUCGGGGGGGGGCGAAUGCAGGCCUCACCGUUGCACAAUUGGCCGGUGAUCCACCACUUGACAGUCCAGCGUGUCAAGCCAGACUUUUUCCUCGAGAAGUGUUGACAGACAUCAGGAAUGCAGCCAGAAAGGCAAUGGUGCAAAUUCCACUGACAGGAGUUAUGGAAAGUAGUUACACAGACAUAAAGCAAGGUCCUUCAGAAUCUUUCACCUCAUUAGUCGAUCGUCUCACACAAGCAGUGGACAGGCAAGUCACUGAUGAGGGGGUGAAGUCACAUUUGAUUCGGUGUCUUGCACUUGCAAAUGCCAAUCCAGAAUGCAAACAUGUCAUCAGUGCAAUGCCAGGUCAACCUUCUAUGGCAGAAAUUAUAGAGGCAUGCAGCAAGGUGGGGACACCACAGCAUGUUGCAACGAUUUUGGGGGAUCAGGUGGAAAAGGCUGUCAAAGAAGCAUUCGCAAAUUUUCAACAAAGACAAUGCUACAAGUGUGGCAAACAGGGGCACUUCCAGAAGGACUGUCCAGAACUUGCAGAGAUUGCAAGCUCACUGGAUGUUUGUCCAAGGUGCGGUAUUCCUACUUGAAGUGCAUGAGAACAUUGUUGUAACACAGAAAAUCAGUUGGGCCAAAGUGGCUGGCGGCGAGGCACGUGAAACCGUACCGAGUCCAGACGCAAGCAGACGUGGACCCCAAGACCGGAGGAAGAGAAGUGGGCACGCAGACGUGAGCCGGUGUCAAGACAGCAGACAUCCCUUCGUUCUACGUGCAAAAAGAGACUCUGGGACUUGAGUUUUCUUUGGGGCUUGGGUGGUGUUGCAUUUUUAGGGAUUCCCAUGGGAAAAAGGCCAUUGAAAAUGAAAGAACUAUCUUUGUGCCUCAUUCUCUCCUUGAUUGCCUUGAACAAUGCAGCAGUUUUGCCCAUGGCCCAACCAAAAGAGAAUGUUUGGGAAACUCUAGCCAAUGCAUCAGGUUUGGAUACCAUCUGCCUGACACACUCAAAGCCAGGGAAACCUUUUUCAACAUGUUUAGUGGGGUUGCCAGUGAGCAAAUGGCCGAUUCCUGAAAUCAUCCCUCCAGUGAUUUCAAAUUCCAUUGUAAAUCCAGUGGACAAAUGGGAUGUUUGGACGAAGUUCCUUCCUGUGGCUCCUUUUGAACCUUAGGAACUGGAAAUUCUUGGAUUGGUCCAAAUGCAAUUUUGUGUGAAAUUCGGCCUUUCUGGAGUGGCACAAAAUAAAACAAUAGACGUCACUCCAAACCUCAAUUUCUACAGAAAUUCAUCAUCUUCGUGUAAUUACACUAAGAUGCUGGACAAGCCAUCCAAUCAUGUUCCAGCACAAUUGCCGAGAGGAACCUUUUUCAUCUGUGGGGACAGAAUUUGGCCCGCAAUCCCCGCAAAUUUCAAAGGUGGUCCAUGCAGCAUUGGAAUGCUUUCAUUGCUAACACCCAGCAUGACAUUGCUGAGAGAACAAAUAUAUAGAGGGAAAAGAUCUAUCAAGAUGUAUGAUCCAAAUUGUGAUGACAAUGUUCACACAUGGAACAAGGCUCAGAGAAUUGCAGUUGCACUUUUUUCACCACAGGCAUCAUCAGGAGUAGCCUUGACACAAUUGGAUUGGGUGGGUUGUUGGCUGAGCAAACAUGCCCGAGCCGCCUCUCUUGCACUGAGUGACAUGUUAUUAGAUGUUGACAGUGUAAGACAAGCAAGUCUCCAAAACAGGGCAGCGAUAGAUUAUCUUUUGCUGACCCACGGGCAUGGGUGUGAGGAAUUUGAGGGAAUGUGCUGCAUGAAUUUGUCAGAUCAUUCCAAAUCCAUUCAUGAGAACAUCAAGCAAUUGCAGGAGAGUGUGAACAAACUUGGAGAAGUAACUGGGUCAUGGAUGGAUGGUGCGUUCAAUUUGUUUGACCUUUCACUAUUGUGGAAGGAAAUUUUAAAAACAUUUAUAUAUAAUUUUAGUAGGGCUUGUAAUUCUUCUCAUGAUCUUGCCGUGUUUGCUUCGAUGCAUACGGCAGGCCAUGGACAGGGUUGCCAAAGAGGUGUUUUUGGUUCAAACCGGAGGGGGAGAUGUUGGAGUCCAGGGCAUUCCUUUGGCUGCCCUGGAGGGUCAGAGACCUGGACAGGGGGGUCUGGGACCCUGGCACAGAGCCCAGAGGGACAUUGGCUUUGAUCUCAGUC